AAACACUCACCAAGUACUAUUCUUAAAAUCCUAUUAUUAUCAUCACAACAACCAAAUCUAGACGAGUCCUGUGCGAACGAUAUGCAAUGUCCCAAUGAAAAGGCUUGUAUCGGAGGAAAGUGUUCCGACCCUUGCUCCCUGCGGGGAGCCUGUGGCGAUAAUGCCCUGUGCCAAACGGUGCUGCACAGGCCGCGCUGUUCGUGCCCAAGUUGUUACAUCGGUAGACCGAAUGUGGAGUGCAAGCCCGAUCCCAAAUGCAAAGAGGCCACCACGCAAAAGCCCAGCGAUCCCAAGAUCGUAUCGAUCGCGUGCGAAAAGGACGCCGACUGUGACGAGUCACUGCGAUGUGACGCCAGCGGCCAGUGCAACGAUCCGUGCACCAUACCGACCACGUACGUGUGUGACCCGAACAAGAAAUGUAUCUCCCGACGACACCGGCCGGUUUGCGUCUGCAAGCACGGCUUCAUCGUGAACGACUACGGAGAGCUGAUCUGUGCUCCGGAGAAACGGGAAUGUCACGGAGAUGACGGUUGCGCCUCGAACAUGGCUUGCAUCGACGGCAAAUGCUUGAACCCUUGUAUGCCCACGGCUACCCGAGGACCCGCCUGCCCGGAGGACAAAGCCUGCAUGGUGAUGGACCACAAGCCGGCUUGCGUCUGCAUGAAGGAUUGUAGUCCGACCCUGUCGAUCUGCCUCCGGGACAGCGGGUGUCCGUCGGAUCUCGCCUGUCGUAACUAUCAGUGCGUAAACCCUUGCGAAAGCACUCAGUGUGCCGACGACACACCGUGCUUUGUCGAAGACCAUAAACCGAUCUGUAAAUUCUGCCCUCCCGGAUUCGUGAAAGAUGCCCACCAAGGAUGCUUGAAAGCUACAGAAGAAGUAAAACACGAUGAACAAAAACAAGAAGAAGAAGAAGCACCGCGCCGCUGCUCGAAGCAUUCCGACUGCGGCACGGAACGGUUGCAGUGUCUAGCGGGCCGUUGUCUUGAUCCCUGUGGUGGGUCCUCCGCUGCAUGUGGCGAAUCGGCUGACUGCACCGUCAAAGCGCACGCCCCCGUCUGCACCUGCCCCGCCGGGUACACGGGCAAUCCCGGCAGAAAGUGCGUCCCAGUGACGACCUCCACCACCUUGCAGACCACCACGGAUGGACGCUUGGACGCAGCGACGACCACGGAAGAGUACGGCGGAGACGCGUACACAGGCGACGGCAUCGAUCGAUCGGACGUGUACAGCACGGUGGAGCCGGAUGUUGAUAGUACGACCAUUACGGAGACAGCGAGCGGUGAGCGUACGCCACCGGCUAUCACCGAAACACCGUUCCGAUCGACGACGAUGACCGGUGAGAAUCUGUUGGUUACCGUGGGUAGUUCAAAUGGUACGGAAUCUCCGCAAUAUACGACCAUCACAAGUACAGAUCGAUCGGCUCAAGAAGUGACUACAACUAAAGAAACCAAGAAGAUUUGGUCAACAACUAAACCUACAACAAUCGGGCAAACCGAAACUACCACGGAGACUAGAACUGAAAAGACUUGGUCAGAAUCAGAGUCAACAACUAAACCAACAAGCACAGUCCAAACUGAUACUCAAUAUGAAACGAGUUCAUCAACACCGUAUAUCAGUACAAAAGAACCAGUGACUGAAACCAACGUGCCAACUGAAAGCUCUAAAGAUUAUGAAGAUCGCACAUCAAGUGUUACAAAACAAUACGAAGAGAGUCCAACGACAUCAGAUCCGAGAGAGACUGCUUCUGGACCAACUAUUUCGACUCCGUCAUCCAGUACAAAGGAAUCAGAGAGUGAUGCAUCAACUGGAAGCUCUACAGACUAUGACGAUCGCACAACAGAAACUGAAGGAACUUCACCAACUGUUACAAAAGUAACCACUUCUGACCUGGCUACUUCCACUCCGUCAACCGAUACAAAUGUAUCAACUGGAAGCACUACAGAGUAUGAAGAACGAACAACAGUUUUUGAAGGAACGACUACAAGUGUAACAAAGAAAUACGACGAGAAUCGAACAACACUCAGUCAAACAGAAGCAACUUCAGAACUACCUUCUUCAACUGAAAACACAACAAAGUAUGACGAAAGUACAGCAACUACAGCAGAAACUUCUAAGUCAUCGACAGUACCCACUACUUACGACAGCACAAAUAAGGUAGAUAGCGACGUAACAACUGCUUCCGGUUAUACUGCAACAGUAACAGAGAAAACCUCUCAACCAACAACAAAAAGCUUCACGCAACAGUCCGAUCAAGAAGAGACAACCACUUCACCAUACACCAAUACGAAAGAAUCAAUAACUGAUAGCAACGUACAAACCAGUAGCACUACAUCGUUUGACGAUCAGACAACAAUUACAGAAAGAACUACUCGCAAGAAUUUCUCAACCUCCACCGCUCCAACGUUUGAAACAUCAACGCUAACCGAAACCGUACCAACACUCCCCCAAACUACGAUCUCAACCCUUGACGACAAAGACCUCACCACGGUGCGCGUCCUUCCCACCACCAAGAGCCCAACCCACGUCGAUACGCUGGUGAAGCAGGACCGCAAAACUACCGAGCUGGAAACGGACAUUCCGCCAACGAUGCUAACGCGUCCAACGACCCUGCCGGAUGUGCUGAUGAAUCGCAGCAGCACCACCGAGCGGUACGACGAGUACGUGUACGGCGGAGAGGCGACGGUGAAACCGGUCAAGGAUCGCAAGGACGACGUCGAUGAGAGUACGACAACGCAAGCUAGUAGUACGGCGCAGGACGAAACUGAAGGUGAUCGAAGCAUUCCGUUGUCGACGAGUGCGUACGAUGGGGAGGAGAACGAUGAUGAUUACAGCGAGGAGCUGACUGAGGAAAGUACUACGGUUAGAGGAGGGGUAAAGACGUCGACGAAGGUGAUGGAGGUGACUGAGACGAGUACUGAUCGUAGAGAUGGAAGGGUUACUGCUACUGAAACGUCACAAGUGGAUACGUCAACUUUGCGGAUAACGUCAACUGUGACGUCUGACGAAGAAGUAACGACUCAGGUGACCACUGAAGAUCUACAGAAGGUAGUUACGCAUGUGUAUGAUUCGGCAACGACAAUGAAGCCGUUGAUGACGCCGGAAAGUUGCAUUACUGAAGAGAACUGUCGAUCGAAUGAAACCUGCUCCAAUAGCGUCUGCGUCGAUCCGUGUGUGGUCAGCACUCCCUGUCCCAAUAACAUCCCAUGCCUGACCAUAAACCACCAACCCAAGUGCCUUUGCAAUAAAGCAGAUCCGGUUGGGUCAGCAAAUUGUAUAGAAGAAUCAGAACUGGGAUGUAGACACAACGACGAGUGCUCCGUGGAACGAUCCUGCGUCAACGGCGUUUGCAUGGACCCGUGCCAAGCCGGUAAUCCGUGCGAGGCCGGUCAGGAGUGCGAAGUGCAAAACCACGAACCGGUUUGCAUAAAGCUUUGCCAAUGCCAGAAGUCUACCGACUGUGCGUCGGGAUCUGUAUGCGAUGGCUGCAACUGCAUCCAGCAGGACACACCGUCCCAGGUGACGACCGGCUGCGAACACUGUCCACCAGGCAUUCCAUGCAACCCGAUAACCGGUGCAUGCGUCAAAGCUCCACCUGGCACGCCCAAAAUACCCGAGCCCUGUCAGUCGGACGCGGACUGUAUCGAGUCCGAGGUAUGCUAUAUGGAGCUGUGCGAGAAUCCGUGCAACUUUGACGGAGUCUGCGCGCCGACGGCAACGUGCCACGCGAAAAUGCACCGACCAAUUUGCACGUGCCCGGCCGGCCACGAGGGCAAUCCGACGAUCAAGUGCACACCGCUGAAGCCAAUUCAAUGCACCUCGAACGAUGAGUGUCCUUUGAUGGAAGCCUGUGUCGGAAAUUUGUGUCAACCGCCGUGCAGUGUGAAGAAUCCGUGCGCCCACAAUGCGGUCUGCAUCAACCGGAAUCACGGUUCCGAGUGCAGCUGCAUUGAAGGCUACCACGGAAACGGUUUUGUGUCAUGCCAGCCAGGUAACUUUGCUCUCGAAAUUCAGAACUCGACCAAUAGGCUGACCGUCGUCUCGAUUCCUCUUGUAGUGACUACGCCAGGUUCCGUUUGCCAGUACAACGAGGACUGUCCACCGGACAAGCUGUGCGACCGGUUGAACCGCGUUUGCAUCAAUCCAUGCCAGGAAGAUUCGUGCGGUGAAAAUGCCGAAUGCCUGCCACGAAAUCACGGAAUAGAGUGCCGUUGCCAGGCUGGAUUCGCUGGAAAUGCUUACAUUGAAUGUGUUCAGCUGCAUGGAUGUCGCUCGAACAGUGAGUGCGGCUCGUACGAAGCCUGUAUCAAUGGCCAAUGUGCUUCGCCGUGCCAGUGCGGAUCGAACGCGUUGUGUGACGUUCAGAACCACAAACCUCAGUGCAGAUGCCCACCGGGAUACAAGGGAGACGCCAGAGUGGGAUGCAGUCCCCCGUCAAACCCGUGCGAUCCGAACCCAUGCGGUCUGAACGCCAUGUGCGAGAUCGACGCCGGUAGUCCGGUGUGCUUCUGCCCGAAGGGGUUGACCGGAAAUCCGUUUAAGAAUUGCAUUCCAGAAGGAGACGACUGCACGCCAAACCCUUGCGGACCAAACAGCGGAUGCAGGAAGAUCAACGGAAAAGCAUCCUGCUUCUGUUUGCCAGAGUUCGAAGGCAAUCCACCGAAAGAGGCAUGUAAACUGCCGCAGAAUCCGUGUGAUCCAUCGCCGUGUGGACCGAACACGCAGUGUAACAUUCUCAGCAAUGGAUUUGCCAAGUGCACGUGUCUCAGUGGAUACAUCGAGAGCCCGAACACGAUCCGUGGAUGUAUUGAGCCGAAGAACCCAUGCGAACCGAACCCAUGCGGUUUCGGAGCCGUGUGUGAUUCGUCGCACAAUCCGGUCUGCUACUGUCCGGAGGGAAGCAUUGGAAAUCCGUUCCGAAGCUGUAACGAGCCAGUCGUGACGACGGAACUGUGCCGACCAGGACCUUGCGGCAAGAAUGCCGAUUGCUACAACGUUGACGGCCGAGAGCAAUGCUACUGCAGUCCUGGAUACGUUGGAGAUGCGUACAACGGAUGUGUAGAACAGCCACGAUCGGUCUGCGAGCCAAAUCCGUGUGGACCAGGUGCUGAGUGUUUGGUGCUGACAGAUGGAUCGCCAGCUUGCCGAUGCCCGCCGGGCCUAAGCGGAGAUCCAACAAGUGCGGAAGGAUGCCACGGAUACGAAUGUCGAGUGGAUGAUGAUUGUGCGGUGGACAAGGCUUGCAUUGGAUUCCAGUGUGCUGACCCUUGCCCGGGAUCAUGCGGAACUGGAGCACACUGCAAGGUUGAAAAACAUCACCCGGUGUGCUUCUGCGAUGCGGGUCUCACCGGAAAUCCAGCGAUCAGAUGCUUCCAGCUUGAAGAACGAGUUCCCGACAAUCAAUGCAAUCCGAGCCCUUGCGGCGUCAACACUCAGUGCACGGUACGAAACAGAAGACCCGUCUGCAAAUGUUUGCCCAACUACAAGGGUGACCCGAAGAAGGGUUGCAGAGCAGAGUGCGAACUGAACUCCGACUGUCCGUCCGACAAAGCCUGUGUCAAUCGUCGUUGUGUAUUGCCUUGCAAUGGAGGAGCUGUUUGCGGAGUUAACGCCGAGUGUCGCGUUGAAUAUCACACACCAAUGUGCAAGUGUCCGAACGGAUUCACCGGAGAUGCUUUUGUACAUUGCGUACCAAUUCCGGAAGACAGAAACAUGACACGCCAACCGUGCCGAUCGUCACCAUGUGGUCCACAAGGUGUCUGCUCAGUGUACAGCGAUGACGUAGCACUUUGUGACCCGUGCUCAACACCCGAUGCGAUACACAAUCCACGCUGCAGACCACAAUGUGUACUGAACACGGACUGUCCGUUCAACCAAGCGUGUAUUCAAAACAGAUGCCAAGACCCGUGCCCGGGAUCAUGUGGCUAUAACGCACUCUGUGCAGUUGAGCAACAUCGCCCGGUGUGCUCAUGUCCACCAGGACUUUACGGAAAUCCGUACGAAAGAUGCAUUCAACAGGACACACCACUCGAAACGUGCGACACGAUCCGGUGCGGAGCCAACACAGACUGCAAACGAAUGGGCGGCGUUCUGGCAUGUGUCUGCAAGAAGAACUACUUUGGAGACCCACUUGUGGGAUGCCGACCGGAGUGCGUCAUCAACACCGAUUGUCCAGUCAGCAAGGCGUGCGUAAACAACCGCUGUCAAGAUCCUUGCGCUGGCGUGUGUGGCGUGAAUGCCAUUUGUAAGGUGGUGAAUCACCUACCUGUCUGCUACUGUCCACCAACGCACACCGGGGAUGCACUUGUUGCGUGUACGGAAAAGACCUAUCUACCACCGGAUACAACGCCAUGCGAUCCAAACCCAUGCGGUCCGAACAGCAAGUGUCUCACGACGCCGGAUAACUACGCCGUAUGUUCGUGCUUGCCAGGAUUCCGUGGAAUGCCUCCUGCAUGUCAGGCUGAAUGUAUGAUCAACGCCGAAUGUCCACAAAACAAAGCUUGUAUCAAUCUGAAAUGUGUGGAUCCAUGCCCUGGCACAUGCGGAGUUGGAGCACGCUGUGAAGUUUUGAACCAUAAUCCAAUUUGUAGCUGCGGACCAAACCAACAGGGAGAUCCGUUCGUAAUCUGUGAAUCACGACAGAAUGAGCCACCGGUAGAAUCAAAGAAUCCUUGUGAUCCAUCGCCGUGCGGAUUGAAUUCCAUCUGUCAGGUAAAACGCAAUCGCCCGGUGUGUUCGUGCCAACCAAACUUUAUCGGAAGCCCGCCAUACUGCCGACCGGAAUGUGUUCUCAGCUCGGAAUGUGCACAGGACAAGGCUUGCAUCAACGAAAAGUGUCGAAAUCCAUGUGAGAACGCAUGUGGAGCAAACGCCGAGUGUCACGUUGUGUCACAUUCCGCGUUCUGCAACUGUCGUCCAGGGUUCGAGGGUGAUGCUUUCAUCGGUUGCUCAGAAGUACCGAGGCAUCCAGUGGUAAGUGAACCUCACGAUCCGUGUUAUCCAAGUCCGUGUGCUGAAAAUUCGGUUUGUUCCAAUGUGAACGGAGCAGCCAAGUGUCAAUGUAUCGCGCCUUAUCUGGGAGAUCCGUACAAUACCGGAUGCCGCCCGGAGUGUGUAUUGAAUUCCGACUGCCCAAGCCAUCUGGCUUGCGUAAACCAACACUGCCGAGAUCCAUGCCCAGGAGUGUGUGGCUCAAAUGCCGAGUGCACAAUAGCGAAUCACAUCCCGGUGUGCGAAUGUAGCCGAGGAUAUGUUGGAGAUCCGUUCAGAGGAUGCAGAAAGGAAGUGCCACAGCCAAUUGUGCCAAAAGAUCCGUGUGCCCAAUGCCCGUCGAACAGCGUGUGCCGAAUCAUACAAGGACGACCAACGUGUUCGUGUCCGGAAGGCUAUCGCGGAGCACCGCCGGCUUGCAGACCAGAAUGCUCGAGCAACGAAGAGUGUCGACACGACCAAAGCUGUAUCAAUCUCAAGUGUAAAGAUCCCUGCCCGGGACUGUGUGGCGUCAAUGCGCAGUGCCAGGUCAUCAACCACAAACCGUUCUGCAGUUGUCUGAAGGACUACUACGGAAAUCCGUUUGAACAGUGUAUGCCGAAACCAGCCGAGCCGGUGCAUCCGUGCCAACCGAGCCCAUGCGGACCGUACUCGGAAUGUCGCGAACUGAACGAUCGUGCUGUUUGCUCGUGUGUCCCGGGAAUGCUCGGAACGCCACCGAACUGCCGCCCAGAAUGUGAAACUCAUCAGGAAUGCCCGUCGAACCGAGCUUGUUUCGGCCAAAAGUGCAAGGAUCCGUGCGUUGGAUCAUGCGGCUUCAAUGCGCUGUGCGCAGCCCGUGACCAUCGUCCCGAGUGCUCCUGCAUGGAAGGAUUUGAAGGCGAUCCUUACACUGGAUGCAAUCCAAUCGUCGUAUACCGAGAUGAAAUCAUUGAACCUUGCAACCCGUCGCCAUGUGGAUCAAAUGCUAUCUGUAAAGAACGUAAUGGUGCUGGUUCCUGUACAUGCAUGAAAGAUUACUUCGGUGAUCCGUACGUUAGCUGUAGACCGGAAUGCGUUCAGAAUUCAGACUGCCCGUACGACAAGUCAUGCGUCAAUACCAAGUGUGUUAACCCAUGCGUUGGUACGUGUGGAUUGAAUGCCGAAUGUGAUGUACAUAAUCACUCUCCUACCUGCACGUGUGUAACUGGAUUUGUGGGCAAUCCUUCACUGGCCUGUCAUCUCCUUAUCAUAGAAAAACCAAAAGACGAGCCCGUCAAUCCUUGCCUCCCAUCACCGUGCGGUCCGUAUAGCAUCUGUCGGGUGGUGAAUGAUCACGCCGUUUGUUCUUGCCAAAACAAUUGUAUUGGAGCACCUCCAAACUGUCGACCAGAAUGUAUUAUCAAUUCGGAGUGCUCGCGAGAUAAAUCAUGCGUGAACCAACGAUGCGUCGACCCAUGUCCGGGAACAUGUGGCCUGAACGCCAGAUGUCGCACCGUCAAUCACAACCCGAUCUGCAGUUGCAAUCCUGGAUUCAUUGGUGAUCCAUUUGUUCAAUGUUCCCCCGAACCGAAACAACCCAUCCUGCAAGAACCCAUCAAUCCUUGCCAACCAUCCCCAUGCGGUCCAAACUCUAUUUGCCGGGUGCAAAGCAACCGUGCCGUCUGUUCUUGCAUUCCCAAUUACAUCGGACGACCUCCGAGCUGCCGUCCCGAAUGUGUUGUCAACUCCGAGUGUCCGAUGAAUUUGGCAUGCGUGAACGAAAAAUGUGUCGAUCCUUGCCGCGGAUCUUGUGGACCUAACGCCGAAUGUAGAGUUGUGUCGCACAGUCCAAUGUGUACUUGCUAUCCCGAGCACACUGGUGAUCCCUUCUCCGGUUGCAAUCGAAUUCAAAUUAUCCACGAACCGCCGGCUAUGCCGUGUACGCCAAGUCCGUGCGGCGCCAAUGCCGUAUGUAGAGAACAAAACGGUGCCGGAUCGUGCACUUGCCUUCCGGAGUACUUUGGAGAUCCCUAUGUGGGCUGUCGCCCAGAAUGCGUCAUGAACAGUGACUGUCCGCGAACACGCUCUUGCAUCAAUAGUAAAUGUGUCGACCCGUGUCCGGGUACAUGCGGUGGCAACUCGGAAUGUCACGUGGUAAACCACGCGCCAACUUGCACUUGCAUUGCGGGAUACAUUGGUAAUCCCUUCACCGCUUGCACACCCCAACCAGAAAUACGCGAAGAACCCAUCAAUCCUUGCGAACCUUCACCGUGUGGUCCAAACAGCCAUUGUCGCGUGAUAAACAAUCAUGCCGUUUGCUCGUGUCGAACGAACUUCAUUGGCACUCCACCAAGUUGUAGACCGGAGUGCGUCGUAAGCUCGGAAUGUCCACUGGACAAGGCUUGCAUCGGUCAACGGUGCAAAGAUCCUUGUCCAGGCACUUGCGGACUUAACGCGCGCUGUCAGGUUACCAACCACAACCCAAUUUGUAGCUGCAAGCAAGGUUUCACGGGUGAUCCGUUCGUUCGAUGCAUUCCAGAAGACAGACGUCCCGUGGUAAGUGACCCACCGAGAAAUCCAUGUGAGCCAUCUCCGUGUGGACCGAAUUCGCAGUGCAAGCCAGUUGGCAACACUGCAGCGUGCUCGUGUUUGCCGAACUAUAUCGGCCGUGCACCGAACUGUCGUCCCGAAUGCACCUCCAACUCUGAAUGUUCCUCCAUGCAAGCGUGUAUCAACGAAAAGUGCAAAAAUCCUUGCCCCGGAUCUUGCGGCACCUUUGCCACUUGCGUCGUCCAAAAUCAUCAACCGAGCUGCAAAUGCUACGACGGUUACACCGGUGAUCCGUACUCAGCGUGUAUGGUUAUACCAAUUCAACGAGAACCAGAGAUCGUUAAUCCAUGCAACCCUUCGCCAUGCGGAGUGAACGCUGAAUGCAAUGUACGAAAUAAUGCCGGUUCUUGCACUUGUCUUCCGGACUAUUUCGGCGAUCCUUACCACGAGUGCAGACCCGAGUGCGUACUGAACACUGAUUGUCCCAAAACGCGCUCGUGUCUGAACAACAAGUGCAAGGAUCCGUGUCCGGGCAUGUGUGGCUUGAACGCGGAAUGUUCCGUGUCCAAUCACGCCCCAACGUGCUCAUGCAUUGCCGGCUUCACCGGAAAUCCGUCCGUCGCUUGUCACGAAAUUCCAAAGUUAGCGGAACCGAUCGAUCCUUGUCGACCGUCACCUUGCGGACCUUACAGCGAAUGUCGCGUGGUCAAUCAGCAUGUUGUUUGCUCUUGCCAAAAGAAUUACAUUGGUACACCACCGGCUUGCCGACCGGAAUGUACGGUUAGCUCCGAAUGUCCCCAAGAUAAGGCAUGCAUGAACCAAAGAUGUAUCGAUCCAUGUCCCGGAACUUGCGGCUUGAACGCCAGAUGUAACGUUAUCAACCACAACCCGAUUUGCAGUUGUUCGCCUGGAUUUACGGGCGAUCCUUUCAUACGGUGUCUACCGGAAGAAAAACGUCCGGAGCCCAAAGAACCACAAAAUCCCUGCAUUCCAAGCCCUUGCGGUCCCAACUCACAGUGUCGCGCUGUUGGAUCUGUGCCAGCGUGCUCUUGUCUGCCUAACUACAUCGGUCGUGCUCCCAACUGUCGGCCGGAGUGUACGAUCAAUUCCGAGUGUGCCGGCAAUCUCGCUUGCAUCAACGAAAAAUGUCGAGAUCCUUGCCCUGGCUCAUGUGGAUCGAACGCCGUUUGUAACGUGAUUAAACACUCCCCCGUAUGCUCCUGCUCGUCUGGUUAUACCGGUGAUCCUUUCUCUGGGUGUAUGGAUAUUCCUACGCCACCUAUACGAGACGAACGACAGGAUCCUUGCAAUCCGUCACCGUGUGGAUCAAACGCUGUCUGUAAGGAGCGUAAUGGUGCUGGCUCUUGUACAUGUUUACCGGAAUACUUUGGCGAUCCGUACAGUGGAUGCCGCCCGGAAUGUGUUACCAACAGUGACUGUCCACGUAACAAGGCUUGCGUCAACAACAAGUGCAAAGAUCCCUGUCCGGGAGUCUGCGGCAUCAACGCCGAGUGUUACGUGGUCAAUCAUUCGCCUAGUUGUUCAUGCAUUUCUGGCUAUACUGGGGAUCCACUGUCCGCUUGUCACGAACCGGCCCCUCCGAAGCAAAACGAACCCCUGAAUCCGUGUUCGCCGUCCCCGUGUGGACCCAAUAGCUUGUGUCGCGAAAUCAACGGGCACGCGGUUUGCUCUUGCCAGACCGGUUUUAUCGGAACUCCGCCCAGUUGUCGUCCGGAAUGUGUCGUUAGCUCCGAGUGUGCCCAGGACAAGGCUUGCAUCAGCCAAAAGUGUCAAGAUCCUUGCCCGGGUACAUGCGGCCAGAAUGCACGUUGCCAGGUCGUCAACCACAGCCCUAUCUGUAGCUGUACGCCUGGCUUCACCGGGGAUCCUUUCAUCAGGUGUCUGCCUGAAGAGAAACGCCCUGUGGUGUCUGAGCCUAUUGAUCCAUGUGUGCCAUCUCCGUGCGGACCCAAUUCGCAGUGCCGAGCGGUCGGAAGCACUCCGGCCUGCUCGUGUCUGCCCAAUUACAUUGGCCGCGCGCCAAACUGCCGACCAGAGUGUAUGAUAAACGCCGAAUGUCCGGCCAAUCUGGCCUGUGUAAAUGAAAAAUGUAAAGAUCCGUGCGUGGGCUCGUGUGGCCUGAACGCGCUUUGCACGGUUAUCAAGCACAAUCCCGUGUGCGAAUGCCAACGCGGCUUCACCGGUGAUCCGUUUUCGGUUUGCACAGAAUACACUCCCCCGCGCGCUCCUGAGCCGGUCAACCCGUGCAAUCCGUCCCCAUGUGGAGCGAAUGCAGUCUGUAAGGAACGCAACGGAGCGGGAUCGUGCACGUGCCUGCCGGAAUAUUUUGGCGAUCCGUACACCGGUUGCCGACCGGAAUGUGUGCAGAACUCGGAUUGUGACAAGUUCCGCGCCUGCGUCAACAACAAAUGCAAGGAUCCGUGCCCGGGAGUUUGCGGACUGAAUGCGGAGUGCCGUGUGCAGAACCACAGCCCGAUCUGUUUCUGUCUGGAAGGCUACACUGGUGAUCCAGCCCGCGGAUGCAGCAUUGAGGAGCGAGUCACAGAACGACCAAGACAGGAGGGAUGUUCUCCUUCGCCGUGCGGUCCAAACAGUCAGUGCAGAGAGGUGAACGGUCAUCCGGUGUGCUCGUGUCAAUCGGGUUACAUCGGAACGCCACCUUCGUGCAGACCUGAAUGCGUUGUGAGUUCCGAGUGCAGCCAAGAUCGGGCAUGUUUGAAUCAAAAGUGCGCCGACCCUUGUCCGGGAACGUGCGGAACCGAUGCACGCUGUCAAGUGGUCAACCACAAUCCGAUCUGCAGCUGCUCGCCAGGUUUCACCGGUGAUCCGUUUAUCCGGUGCAUCAAGAAGGAAGUCGAACGGGACCCACCAGAGCCAAUCAAUCCGUGCCUGCCGUCACCGUGCGGACCGAACUCACAGUGUCGAGUUGUGGGAACGCAAGCAGCUUGUACCUGCCAGGCCAACUACAUCGGACGUCCACCAAACUGCCGGCCGGAGUGCACCAACGAUGCGGAAUGUGCAAGCAACCGUGCCUGCCAGAACGAACGUUGCGUUGAUC